AUGCUUCAGGAAAAAUUAAAAUUUAGGUAUGAAGUCAUUCAACCCAUGCCAAAAACAGUUCUACAAAGGCAUUCGAAUGGAAGUUAUUAUGGAAUGAUAGCCCAGAUAAUUAAUAAGGAAGCGGACAUGUCCGCUAUUCCUCUGUAUCUGGAAAAGGAUGUCUUCGACUUGGCUGAUUAUUCUUCGAUUACUCAUAUGACACCGAUACAUUUUAUAAUCAAAGAACAGAAAUUGAAGCCGAAUUGGAAAACCAUUUUUAGACCAUUUACAUUCGAGUGUUAUAUUGCUUGUGUUGCUGCCUCUUCUGAUCAGAGGAAACACACUAGUUCCUAUCUGUUACGUCUGCAGUUAGUUCCAUUCAUUCGUUAUGGAAUGAUGUCAGCGCGAAUGGGACAACAGUAUGAAGUCAUUCAACCCAUGCCAAAAACAGUUCUACAAAGGCAUUCGAAUGGAAGUUAUUAUGGAAUGAUAGCCCAGAUAAUUAAUAAGGAAGCGGACAUGUCCGCUAUUCCUCUGUAUCUGGAAAAGGAUGUCUUCGACUUGGCUGAUUAUUCUUCGAUUACUCAUAUGACACCGAUACAUUUUAUAAUCAAAGAACAGAAAUUGAAGCCGAAUUGGAAAACCAUUUUUAGACCAUUUACAUUCGAGGUAUGGUUGACAAUCUUAAUAUCGAUUGUAUUAACUGGGACUAUUUUGUCUCAUAUUAUGAAGAGAGCAAAUUACUUACAUGGAUCAAGGAAAUAUUGGUCAGUAAAAGAAAGCAUUUGGCAUUUGUUUUCAAAUAUCACUCUACAAGGAAUUAAUUUAGAUCGCAUUGUUCAAGUUUCAUCAAGGAUUAUAAUCGGAGUUUGGCUGAUUACAGUAGUAGUCGUGGGAUACGGCUACAGUGGAAUUCUGAUAUCUUUUCUAACUGCUCCGAAUUACGAAUGGACACCAAGAAAUUACCAUGAAUUAGUUUCUGCAGUAGAAAGUGGCGACUUCUCCUGCGGUAUAAAUAUUCAUGCGAAAAACUUGCAUUUUAAGGAAAAUGAAUCUGGAAUGUGGAAAACGUUGGGCGAUCAUAUUAAUCGAAAAGACAAUUACUUGACUGUAAAGAAUUCUAUCGAAAAAAUAAAUAGCGGUCGUUUCGCGUUAAUAGAAAGUAUUGGUAUGAUAAACAAGAUCAUCAGAAAAGAACUGGAUGGAAAAAUAAUUAUAAGUGAGGACGUGCUUUCAACGUAUUCUGUGGGCUAUGUCCUAAGAAAAAACUUUUUGUAUAAGAAAAACAUUAAUAAAGCCAUACGUCGUUUCCAAGAAAGUGGAAUAAUUGAUUUCCUUAAAAGGAAAGAAGAAACAAUUCCGAUAUAUGAAAUGGACAAUGUUGCACCAUUAAACUGCAAUGAACUCUUAGGGAGUUUUAUUCUUCUCAUUACAGGUUAUGUAUUGUCUAUGAUUUGCUUUGUCAGAGAAUUAGUC